UGUUUAGUAUAGUGAUCACAUCAUCUCUCUUUCUUCCUCUAAAAAAACAUGCCAUAUCAAGGAAUAUAUUCUUCUCUUCGUGGCUCAAUCUAAGCAAUUUUUUCAUAUUCUAAUGCACUUCUCCACUCAGUAAUGCCUCGCUUAUAGAGAAAAGAACCCAGGACCUUAAGAGCUACAGGAAGAUGGCGCUAUUUAUAGAGGUGGCCAACAUCUUCAGAGUGCUCUCCAUACUGUGGGCACCUACUGCAAGGCUGAAAUCCCUCUUUUGGAAGUUCGAACAAGAUCUCUAGUAGUGAAGCAAGAGACCUUCAAAGGAGCCUUGCUAUAUUUCCAAGGCCAAGAAACCCUUUCCAACAAACUGUAGCCACUUCUGACUCUAAAGAGACCUGUUGGAUGUCCCUUCCAUAUGAUAAGAUUAUAUUUUAUUAUAGUUUCUAAGCAUCUGAAACAAAAGACAUAAUCUUUCCACUUCCCAGACAUUUAAACUCCUUCAAAGAAAGAGAUUCCAGCCUUGAGUUGAAUAAAAUUCAGGAAUUACCCUGUUGAGCUGCCAAGUGAAACUUGUUCAUUUUAUUUGUCUUAAUGCAGCAGCUUAGUGAGAACUUCCUUUACUAUUUGUAGAUAUGGACAGAUUCGGUUAAAGGCAUAAUGGUUCCAACAUAUAUGCAAGUGGACAAAGCUUUCAGAAAUAUGCCUUGUCUUAGGUUACUCAUUGUCAAAGAGGAGGAGGUCUUACUACAGUUUUGAAUCUUUACCAGCAAAUUUUCAAGCACGAAACCAUGUUGGGCUCAACAUGACUUUUAGUUCUGUUGUUGAAAUUUGCAAGGAACCAAAGAGAAUUGUGCUGAAAGGUUGGUUGAGGUUCAUCCAUCCAUUGACAAUCUCAAAAAGCUUAUUUCUCUGAACAUGAAGGACUGUAGAAAUCUCAAGUUCUUCCUGAGCAGUAUUCAAAUGGAAUCUCUGGAGAGCCUCAAAUUAGAAGCUCUUACAGAAAUUCAGGGGAAUAUGGAGUUACUAUCAGAGCUUCUUUUGGGAUGUACUGCAAUUCGGGAACUGCCAUCAUCAAUAGGAAGGCUAUUUGGCAUCAGCUUACUUGAUUUGCAUUCAUGUAAAAAUCUUGUAGGACUUCCAGACAGUGUUAGCAAGAUGAGAAAACUGAAAGUUUUGAUUCUUAAAGGCUGCCUAAAUCUGGCGACUUUUCCAGAAAGCCUGGGUGAUCUAGAAGGGUUGGAGGAGCUUUAUGCUGGAAACACUGCCAUUCGGCGACUACCAGAUUCUAUGAUAAAGCUAAACAGACUUAAAAUCCUAUCACUAAAAAGGACACGGAAGAUAAACUCUGAAUUUGCUAGAGAUAGGAUAUUCCCUUGUGCAUUUGAUGGUUUGAAGGAAUUGAAAAGUUUGGAUCUCAGUGGAUGCAUUUUAUCUGGUGACAAGAUUUUUGCUCGUAUAAACCUGAGCAGAAACAAGUUUGUUUCUCUACCUGAUAGCAUCAGUCAACUUUAUCGACUUCGAUAUCUCAACAUAACACACUGUCAUGAACUUCCCAAACUUCCUCAAAUAUAUAUAUAAUAUAUAGAAUCACUCAUUCAUUGUGCAUGUCCCAUGAUGCUAAAGCAUGGUAUGCUGCCUGUUAUCGUCGUUCUGGAAUGCUGAACAUGAUCUUAACUGCUGAAUUUUCCCCGUUUCUUCUAUCGUAUUAACCCUGCCUGAUUUUGCCUUUGCUAGGGGCUUAGAUUUCUGUUUAGCAGAUUGAUGGUAUAGUGCCCACUUAUACUGACACCAAAUAUUGUCCUAAUUUAACUGUCUGAUGGGUGUCCCAGUUUGCAUCAUGUAUCACCUAUCUCAAAAAGAAAUUGAUAAAUGCAUUGAUUUCACUUUGUAAUUAUGGAUUUUAAAGUACAAUAUUCUGCCUGAA